AUGCGUCUCUCCGCCCUCACCUUUGCUUCAGUGGCUCUUGCAGCUCGCCCGUUCCUCAAUGAACCAGACACCGGUAUCGACGAGCAGCUUGGCGGGUUUGCUGCGAACAAGACUCUUCCUCCUCUGGCUCGUCUCGCUGGUCUACCGGACUUUGACUGGGCUGCUCGCAAUUACAUGAGCAGGGUCAACUACACCUACUACCGUAACGGCGCUGCGGGCGAGUGGUCAUACCGUAACAACCUCGAAGUGUACUCGCGCUUUCAUCUGCGGCCUCGUGUCUUGGUAGAUAUCACCAAGAUUGAGGAGUCACUGCCAACUACCAUCCUGGGAUACAACUUCUCCGCACCAUUCUUCAUCUCGCCAUGUGCGCGAGCUGGAUAUGCCCACCCUGACGGUGAACUCGGACUUGUCAAGGGUGCUGCCGAAGGUGACAUUCUAUACAUGGCUUCACUCUACUCCGACAAGAAGAGGGAUGAUAUCUACGCCGCGCGUGCCGGCAACGGUUCUCAGGUCCUCUUCCAGCAAGUCUACCUCGAUGACCCAAGCAUUAAUGCCACCGCGAAGCUCUUCAAGGACAUCGAAGCCAAUGGCGCAAAGGCGAUCAUCUUGACUGUUGACUCUGCUGGUGAUGGUGUCCGCCAUCGCGCUGCUCGCGAUGGAAAGGGUAGCGCCAACAGUGGCUACUCCUACUUCACUUGGGACUUCUUCAAGGAGCUUCAGAGCUUGACCACACUGCCCGUUGUUCCCAAGGGUAUCCAAACUGUCGAGGAUGCGAAGCUCGCAAUCGAUAACGGUGCCAAGGCCAUAUUCAUCUCCAACCACGGUGGUCGUCAGCUUGACUCAGCUCCCUCUGCGCUCGAGAUCGCACUCGAGAUCUACAACGAAGAUCCUGAGAUCUUCAAGAAGGUCGAGGUCUACGCUGACGGUGGCGUCCGAUACGGUGUCGAUGCGCUCAAGUUGCUCGCACUUGGUGUUCGCGCUGUUGGUCUCGGUCGACCUUUCAUGUACGCUAACGUCUACGGCGCCGAAGGUGUCGCCAGGGCCGUUAAGAUGAUGAAGUACGAGCUUACAAACGAUGCGGCCAACCUUGGUGUUGGAAACCUGAAGACUAUCGGUCCCCAGUUCGUCAACUGGAAGAGCGUGAACAUGUGGUUCCCCUAG